AUAACCUUGUAAAUAUUUAUUCUGCCCUUUUCAAUUAUAGACCAAGGUAAGAUGAAAUCCUAGAUGUUACCAUCACCAGCCAAGAAGCACCCACAAAUCUCUUUCCCCUUCUCUUCUUCUUCUUCUUCUUCUUCUUCUUCUAUAAACUAAGUUUAAACCACUUGCUGAAAAUGUAACCAGAGCAAAAGGCCAAAACUUUAGCUAUCUUGCAGAAAACAGAACAUCCUCUGUUUCAGAAAUUUUAACUUUUCAUUGUAUAAUGUUCCAGAAACUGUCUCCUUUCUUGUUUUUUCUCUCUUUUCUUUUGAACCCAGUUUUUUCUCAGCUAGAUGAGCUCUUUUCCCAAGGCUUUGAUCAUGCCAGGAGCAACAUGAGCGUCUGUGAUGGUGCUCAGAUUGAAGAUAAUGGCAUACUUCGGUUAACAAACAAUUCUCUUCGCUUGAAAGGCCAUGCUUUUUACUCAAAUCAAAUGCAAUUCAAGAGCUCUAUCACUGGCAAAGCUUUCUCCUUCUCCACCGCCUUCGCUUUCGCCAUAGUUCCUGAGUACCCAAAGCUUGGUGGCCAUGGUUUUGCUUUCACCAUCUCUCCCUCAAAAGACCUACCUGGGUCUCUUCCAAGCCAGUACCUAGGCCUACUCAAUGCAAGCAAUAUUGGUAAUUUCUCCAAUCACAUCUUCGCAGUUGAAUUUGAUACAGUUCAAGAUUUUGAGUUUGGAGAUAUUAAUGAUAACCAUGUGGGUAUUGAUAUAAAUAGCUUGGUAUCAAAUAAAUCUGCUCCUGCUACUUUUUUUAUUGAUAAUUCUACUAAGAUGAAUCUGACUCUCCAAAGUGGUAGGGUUUUUCAAGCUUGGGUUGAUUAUGACUCGACCCAGAAUCUAAUAGAGGUUAGGCUUUCAUCUUCUUCCACAAAACCAAGAUCUCCGAUCUUGUCUUUUGAAGUAGAUCUUUCUCCUUUCCUCCAUGAUUAUAUGUAUGUGGGAUUCUCUUCAUCUACUGGGUUGCUGGCAAGCACACACUAUAUUCUUGGAUGGAGUUUUACAAUGAAUAAAAUGGCUCAAUCUUUAUCUCUAUCUUCUCUUCCUUCUCUACCUCGGCCAGGAAAGAAUCAUACAGUGCUGAUUGCUGUUGUCACAUUUUCAGCUGUUGUGUUCAUAAUCUUGGUCAUGGGUAUAGCUUUUUACCUGGUUAGAAAGAUUAAAAAUGCGGAUGUGAUCGAGGAAUGGGAGUUUGAUGUUGGUCCUCAUAGAUUUUCUUAUCAAGAACUCAAGAAAGCAACAAGGGGAUUCAGAGACAAAGAGCUUCUUGGAUUUGGUGGAUUUGGCAAAGUUUAUAAAGGAACUCUACCAAAUUCUAAUACUCAAGUUGCUGUUAAGCGAAUCUCUCGUGAAUCUAAACAAGGUGUGAGGGAAUUUACGUCUGAGAUUGCUAGUAUUGGUCGUCUUAGACAUAGAAAUUUGGUUCAGUUGCUGGGUUGGUGUCGCCGGCGAGGUGACUUACUACUUGUCUAUGAUUUCAUGCCUAAUGGGAGCUUAGACAAGUACUUGUUUGAUAAUCCUAAAACCAUUCUCAAUUGGGAACAAAGAUUCAAUAUUAUUAAAGGUGUUGCUUCUGGCCUUCUGUAUUUGCAUGAAGGAUGGGAACAGACUGUGAUUCAUAGAGACAUAAAGGCAGGCAAUGUGUUGUUAGAUUCUGAGCUAAAUGGAAGACUUGGUGACUUUGGUCUUGCCAAAUUGUAUGAGCGAGGCACUAAUCCUAGCACCACUAGGGUGGUGGGCACUUUAGGUUACUUAGCACCUGAGCUAACAAGAACCGGCAAGCCUACUACAAGCUCAGAUGUGUUUGCAUUUGGUGCACUACUGCUUGAAGUGGUGUGUGGAAGGAGACCUAUUGAGCCUAAAGCAAUGCCUGAGGAGCUCAUUUUGGUGGACUGGGUGUGGGAGAAGUGGAAAAAUGGUGCAAUUCUUGAUGUUGUGGAUCCGCGAUUGAAUGAUGAGUUUGAUGAACUUGAAGCUGUUGUUGUGUUGAAACUCGGACUAAUGUGUUCCAACAAUUUACCCAACGUUAGGCCGACGAUGAGGCAAGUUGUGAGAUACUUGGAGGGAGAAGUGUCGUUGCCGGAGGUGGUUGCGGCCCCAGAUGCAUACGAUGGGAAAAAGAGUGAGGGUGGUAAUGGUGGAGAGUUUGAAGAUUAUGUUCAUUCAUAUCCAUCAUCAACAAAUUUUGACAAGUUCACUACAUGGUCAUGUGGGGCUGAUUAUGGGGAUAUUGAUAUUGAAGCUGGUUCGACUUCGUUUCGCUCACCUUCUCAUCGAAAUGAAGGCAGAUAACCAUUGUGCAGAUCUAAAUCUUCACCUUUUUAUAAUUUUUCUAGUCUUGAGAUAUGCUGUCUGUAUACAUAUUCAUCCUCAGAUAUUAAUUAAUUGAUUGAUAUCCAUUCAUGGGCUGUAAAUUUCCAAGUUGAUAUAGAUUUUUAUACAUUCACUG